GAGACUAUCAAAUGUCUUGGUCUUCUAAAGAUGAUUUUUCAAAAUUUGGAUAUUUGUAAUAUAAGUACACAUGCAUCUAUAUUUAUGUUCGAUAAGGAAAGCACUAACUUAUUGAUCUAAGCAACAUGUUGUUGGUAGUAAUUCUAUGUGUUACAUUCCUACCUUUUGCUUUCGCAUCCAUUGAUACAACAUGUCUUCCGUCCGAAGAAGUGGAUGUACUGAGGGAGAUUGGAAGAAAGCUGGGUAAAGAUUGGGAUUUCGAACAAGAUCCAUGUGUCGAAUGGAGCGAUAGUAUUACCAAUACAACAUAUACGAACAAUGUCACUUGCAGCCCAGAGCCAAACAAUACCAUAUGCCAUGUUGUUAGCGUAAACCUUAAAGGACAAAGCUUAGCAGGCAUUCUCCCUCCUGAAUUCGCCAAUCUUCCUAACCUUCUGAAUCUAGACUUGGCUCGCAACUAUCUCAACGGUACCAUCCCUCCAGCAUGGGGUUCCAUGCCGCGAAUUUUAAACAUUACUCUGAUCGGGAACCGUUUAACUGGAUCAAUCCCAAAGGAGAUCGGGAACAUAAGCACAUUGACAACUUUCACUGUAGAGGACAACAUGAUGUCUGGAAUAAUACCCGAGGAGCUUGGGAAUCUUUCACGCAUUGACCGAUUGUUUCUGAACUCCAACUCUUUUACUGGGACGUUGCCUGCAUCGUUGGCAAAACUGACCACCCUCACCGAAUUUCGGAUUGGUGGUAACAAUUUCUCUGGCAAGAUCCCUGAUUACAUUGGGCAAUGGAGAGGUCUACGACACUUAAGGAUUCAGGCGAGUGGAUUGGAGGGACCGAUACCUUCUAGCAUUACUCUCUUGGAAAGCCUGACAGACUUGAGAAUUAGUGACUUGGGAGGACCAGACACCCUUUGUCCGCCUUUUAGUAACACAACAUUAUUCAAGAACUUGAUCUUACGGAAUUGCAAUCUAUAUGGCGAGUUACCGGAUUCUCUUGCUUCAAGCGAGUUGAAAGUCUUAGACUUUAGCUUUAACAAGCUUAAUGGUACCAUUCCUAAUGGGUUCAAUCUAAGGCAAGCCGAUUACAUCUAUCUUACUGGAAACUUGCUAUCUGGGAUUAUACCCAAUUGGAUGCUCGGUUUAGGAGAGUUUAUUGAUCUGUCAUACAACAAAUUCACAUUUGAAAACUCAAGUAACUUAAGGUGUCAGAUUCGGUCUACAAACUUGUUCGCUUCCUUUUCAACGGAUAACACUUCUAAUGUGGUCUCGUGCUUGGGGAACAACGUUUGUCAAUCAGCUUCAACCUCCUUGUAUAUUAACUGUGGUGGAAACGGAGUAUCGGUUCAAAACAAGGUAUAUGAAGGUGACUUGGACGCAGGCAGUCCUUCGCAUUUCUCUUCAACUGAUAAUCGAUGGGGAUUUAGCAAUACUGGUCACUUCUUGGAUGAUGAUAACCCUGACAGUUAUAUUUUGACAAAUAGUUCUAGCCUCCCGGUGAACACCUCUGAACUGUACAUGAAUGCACGAACCUCGGCCAUAUCUUUGACUUAUUAUGGUUUCUGCAUGCGCAAUGGAAGUUACAACGUCAGCCUUCACUUUGCCGAGAUUGUUUUUACUGAUGAUACAAAGUUUAGCAGCCUUGGGAGGCGUGUGUUUGAUAUCUACAUUCAGGAUACGCUGAUGGAGAAGGAUUUUGACAUCAGUGAUAGAGCGGGUGGGGUUGGGAAAGCGAUUGUGAGAACUUAUACCGUAAAUGUUACAAGUAGUUUGAAAAUCCGUCUAUAUUGGGCCGGAAAAGGAACAAUAAAUAUCCCAACCCGAGGAAAUUAUGGUCCACUUAUUUCAGCUAUUUCUGUGGAUCCAAAUUACGAGGUUCCACAAAGUGAAUCGCAGGAAAAUGGAAACGGUGUGUCCGGAGGAAUUGUGGCUGGGAUUGUGAUUGGAGCUUUUUGUGCCAUCAUCCUAAUUUUAGGACUUUUAUGGUGGCGGGGUUGUUUACGUUGCAGAGAUGAACUAGAUCUGCAUGGUGUAGACCUGAAUGGUCUAGAGCUUAACACUGGUUCCUUUACUUUGAAGCAAAUCAAAAUUGCAACAAACAAUUUUGAUGUUGCGAAUAAGAUUGGAGAAGGUGGUUUUGGCUCGGUUUACAAGGGAGUAUUACCAAAUGGCACGUUAAUAGCAGUGAAACAGCUUUCCUCCAAAUCAAAACAAGGAAAUAGAGAGUUCUUGAAUGAAUUAGGCGUGAUAUCCGCUGUGCAACACCCGAAUCUUGUGAAGCUGCAUGGAUGUUGUAUCGAAGGAAACCAGUUGUUGUUAGCGUAUGAAUACUUGGAAAAUAACAGUCUAGCCCGUGCUUUGUUUGGGCCUAAACAAUGGCAGUUGGAACUUAACUGGCCAGCAAGAUACAGGAUAUGCAUCCAAAUAGCAAAAGGUCUUGCUUUUCUCCAUGAAGAAUCAAGAUUAAAGAUUGUUCAUAGAGAUAUCAAAGCCACUAAUGUGCUCCUUGAUAGAGAUUUAAAUGCUAAAAUAUCUGAUUUCGGUUUGGCUAAGCUUGAUGAAGAGGACGCCACCCAUAUAAGCACCCGUGUUGCGGGAACUUAUGGAUAUAUGGCUCCCGAAUACGCCAUGCGUGGUUACCUGACAGACAAAGCAGAUGUCUAUAGCUAUGGAAUUGUCCUCUUAGAGAUUGUGAGCGGGGUGGCUAACAUUCCUAACAAGGCAAAGGAGAAUCAGUUUGUUCUUCAUGAUCAGGCCAUUGCUUUGAAAGCCGAGGGUAAAUUGAUGAAUCUUGUUGAUCCAAAGCUGGGUUCAGAAUAUGACACCACGGAGAUGAUGGUAGUUAUCGAAUUGGCUCUAAUGUGCACCGCAAUCUCUCCAACCGAUAGACCAACAAUGUCAUCAGUUGUUAGCAUGCUAGAAGGACGAAUAGUUCCUGAAGCGUUUAUUGCUGAACAAAGUGGCUCAAUGGCUAAAACGGAUCGUGACAAAAUGAUGAAGCUACUUGAUAUCGAGAAUGAGAAUCAACAGGAGGAAAUGCCAUUUGCGUACACUGAUUCUUCGGCAUCUGCUGUCAGUCUCUACCCAAUCACCGGUGUCACUGAGUAUUUACAGAAGAGAGAUGGCGACGCAAAGUAGUUAUCUUAGACCGAGUGAUAUACUCAUACUCGAAUAGUUGAAUACCUUGGUUUUACAUAUACUUAUUAUUGUUUGAUAUCCAAAUUUAUACAUUUAUAGAGUUGUAAUCUCUAUGAUACUAUUUAUUUCAGUUUUGAAUAUUUAUGUUGGAUGGUACAGAUGUGACAAUUUGAAUUUUAUGUUAUUAUCAUUAAUUAAUAUAUAGUUUUAUAUGAAAUUUAAA